CUUGCCAGCACACGAUAUCUCCACUCUGAGCACUUUCCCUUCUCCUUACCAUGAUUCUCCUAUCCGUCACGUUUAACAUCAUCCGAAUCACCUGGGCGGGUCCUACCAGCCAAGACGUACAGGUUCGCGACAUUGCGCAAGCCGAGGCUACGUUCAGCAACUAGUUCAACAGCGUCGCCGUCGAGGUCCUACAGUCUAAAAGCUCUUAAUCGCCAACAUUUCCCUUCAUGGUAGGAACACAGUAUGGCGACAGAAAAUAGCGAUCAGUCCUCGACUUCAGUCACUGAGAUUGCUAAAAACGGCGAUAUCAUUUUGGUCGUUGGCCCACACAAGAAAAAAAUACAAGUCUGUUCAACCGUUCUGAAGAAUGCCUCGAAAUACUUCAACGCUAUGUUCGGACCGCACUUUGCGGAAGGCCAGGACUUGCACGGGGACAGUCCUAAGGGGAUACCAAUGCCGGAUGACGAUGCAAACGCCUUGGAGAUUCUUCUCAACAUCUUCCAUCUCCGCAACGAUGAUGUACCUGAAACCCUUGGCCCAACCGAAGUCCUGGACGUUGCCGUCGCCGCGGAUAAGUUUGACUGCAUUGUUGCUAUAAAACACGCCAUCAGGCUUUGGUUGAACCCAGGGGAGUUUCAAGAUAUUGUAGAGCUUGGACAUCUCAUGGCUGCUGCAUACAGACUUGAUAAUGCGCGGGCUUUCAGUGAGAUUACACUCGCAAUGAUACUUCUCCAUAAAGAUUCCUACCUCCCGCUCGCCGAUGAGGACAUUGGUCUGCUUGAGAUUGUUCCAUGGAAGGUUAUCUGCUUCUUAGAAGAGCGACGGAGCCGCAUGCGCGUGGAAUUACAGCAGAUCUUACUUGAUGGAGAACGAGGUGCGGGAACGGAUGACGACAGGAGAUGUAGCUGUAGCUGGUCAAGUCGGCACAGUUCUGCUUAUAUGGAGCUGCUUCGGACAAAAAGAUCAGGGCCUUUACAAACGCUUGAUACCACAAUCUCAGAGGUUCUUGAGAAAUUGGAGAACAUGGAUGAUCCGACCAUAUCCCGCGAAUGGGAUCCAUGCGACUACCGGUGGCAUACUGAUCCCAAGUUUAAAAGAAUGCGCAACUGGAGGCUCAAUGAUUUCAAGAAAAGCAAGGGGCUUUGCAUCGACUGCGUCCGGUCCAGCACCGUAGCUGCGAGGCAGAUUUGUCGGAUCGAGCACUAGGAUUAGUCUUGUCCCUCUGCACAACAGAAGCCGAAUUGCUGCGCCAUGUGGCAGUGCUCAUCAGAUUGGCGCCUAGAUACCUAAAGAUAUCGUUAGCCAUCCAAGAAAAUAUGACGAUCG